UUGCCCUCUUCAAAGAUGGCGGCCAAGGCAUCUCAGGGCAAGAAAGAGGCGGCGAGGCUACCCGGAUGUGGCUUGUCCCUUCCGGCACGCCGUAGUCCCACUCUUUCGCUCGGUCCCAAGAUGGCGGCGCCCGCGUCCGUUUGCGGCGGAAGGCUCCGGCGCGGCCUGUGGUCGGCGGCGCUUCUGCUCCGGCUCUGCCUUUCCGCGGUUGCGGCGGAAGAAGCCUCGUCCUCGGCCGAGUUCGACGUCAGGCCCGGCGGCAUGGUUCACUCUUUCUCCAAGAGCCUGGGAGACUAUUCGUGCACAUUCACCUAUGCAGCUCAAGGCGGGACCAAUGAGCAAUGGCAGAUGAGCAUGGGCACCUCCGAGGACGGCCUGCUGUUUUCGUGUUCGGUCUGGAGACCGCAGGGGAAGUCGUAUCUUUUCUUCACGCAGUUCCGAGCCGAAGUGACGGGAGCCCAGAUCGAGUACGCCAUGGCCUACUCGGCGGCUGCGUCCGGCGGGCAGAGCGAUGUCCCGUUAAAAGAAGAGGAGUUCGAGGUGUCCGAAACGGCAGUGACCCACAAAGAAGGCAAAUUCCGGGCCGAGCUGUCCAAGCUCCUCAUCGUCGCCAAAACCGCCCACGACGAGCUAUGAACGGCUGGGCCUCUGCAAAGACAAUGCGGUGACUGUCCCGACGUCCCGGACGGGUAGGACCCCGGGAACCCCGAACCGGGAGUCUCUUAUUACGAUAUCUUUCGAUGGGAGGAGAAAUAGAGAUAUUUUCCCCGAGGGUGAGAAAGACGUACGUCGUCACGGAACCUUCAGUCCGAGGCAUCCGAAACCGUUUCGAUUCCUUCCAAGGAUGAUUCGGGACCCCGAAAUAAGACUCGACGAAUGCGUAAGAACUUCCUUUUGGGGUUGGGAUGGACGAGGGCCGGCCGGAAUAAAUCAGGAGACGUCUCGUACGGGG